AUGUUCGAUACACCGCCACUUAGAAUCAAAACCGCAGCAGUGAAACGACUAACGAAAGACAAGCUCGUUUACGAGAGGGAACUGAGAGUACAAGAGGCGAAAUUAAAUAGGUUUCUAGCUGACGGUUCUGAUGACGCCGAAGUGCGACAUCAGAGAAAAAUACUUGAAGAGACUAAAUUUAUGGUACCGGACACUCAACGCAGACUUUUAGUUGCCUGCAAUGAACUCACCACCGUUUUAGGCAAUUUCACCGAAUUUCAAAACAUUCCUGAAUACCUGGAGGCCCAAAAAGCUUUGGCUGAUGCCAGAAGACAUCUGCCAAAGCAAGAAGAAUUACACCAUAUGUGCUAA